AUGAAGCGCCUCCUGUGGCUGCUCUUCUUCAUCCCCUGCCACAUCGUGGUCAGCCAGGGCGGACAGGCCGGGAAUACGCCCUCAAACGAACCCGUCGCGAAGACGAACACCUCGUCGGCUCCAGUCUCGGAUUCGACGGCCGCGAGCAGCUCAAACGACGAGCCGCCUGAAGGGGACGGCUCCGAGCUGGACGGCCGUGUGCAGCAGCUUGACGCCCGCUUCUGGCAGCUCGAAAAACGCCUCAACAAGUCGGUGCACGCCUCGGCAAUCUUGGAGGAGCUCAAGCAGGAUACGUUGUUCUUGAUCGUCUCGAUCGGCGUGUUCGGCGCGGCCAUCUUAUGCCUGUGCUUGACGACUUGUGUGCUUGGCUGUCAGGUGAUCAAACUGCAAAAAAGCGAUCAAGCCGACGUGCCGCCGGUCGUGAAUGAUGUGGAGAGCGUCGCUUCGAAGCGCGAUACCACGACAAGCACCGCCGAUGGUUACAGACUUUCGAAGCAGGAGACCCUCGAGAAAGAGAGCAACGACGGCCACUACGAGGAUUGUUCCUUCAGCAAACCGGUCACGCCAAAGCACACCGAAGCC